AUGUCCUUCACCCGCUUCCUCGCCCUCCCCCUCGAAAUCCGCAACCAGAUCUACGCCUCCCACUUCCGCGCCACCACCAUCACCUACCCCACCUUCACCCUCCCACCCCUCCUCUCCACCUCCCACCGGAUCCACACCGAAGCCCUCCCCUCCCUCCGCCCCAACGCCACCUACAACCUCCUCACCACCGAGCACCUCGUCGACCACCUGACCACCCUGACCCCGGCCUCCCUCGCCCAGCUCCGCCACAUCUCGCUCCGCGGCUUACCGCUACCUGUGUACCCCUCCGACGACGACUCGUGCUAUCACACGCACCUCUUUCCCAGCUUGCUGCCCUUGUUCCAGGGGUUGCGGCUUGACACGUUGGAAGUGACGGAUGCGUAUCAUGGCGAGGAUGUGUGUGAGGAUGGGUGGGGCCAUAACGCUACGUAUUAUGAUCUGGAAGGAAUGAUCAAAGAGGGUCAAGGGUGGAAGGAGCUGGUGUUCAAGAGUGCAAGUGAUCGCUGGUUGGAUGCCGUCGUCUUUGAGAGUCGCGCGGCGGAUGGGGCGGUGACGAGGGAGACGAAUGGUCGCGAUAAGCAGCCGGGGGCGUGGGAUAGGAUGAUUAAAGAGAGGGAUGGGGAGGAGUCUGGGGCGAGGGUUGAGAUGUGGUCGCGUAGGGAGGGCGGGGUAUGGAGGAAAGUUGAAGGGGAUUACAAUGCGGAGGUGGAGGAUCCGGCGGGGCAAGAUUGUUUUGAAGGGAAUGGUGAGCCGGUGCUAUCGAUUGAGCGGCAAGGGGAUGAUGAGUCGGAUGUUGGGCCGGUGCGGCCUUCGAUUGAGGUGAGAGUCAGGAGGGGGAAAGGUGCUGAGUAUGUGCAAGACGGGAGGUCUAUGGAUGAGCAUAAAUACAGUCGUAAGUUGCGUGAGAUGUUUGAGAAGCUGGGUUGGAAGGAAAUCAAGGCGCAGGGACUGUUUAUCCCUGGAGCAGAGGAUGAUCCGACUAGUCAUCUUUGA